AUGCAACAACUGGAAAGUGCCGUGGAAACCUUCCAGCAGGUCGUCCCGAUCGAAAAGCCCAAGCAGGAAGGUGUGGAGGGAAUAGGCGUGCCGUGUCCGGUUUGCGGGGUCUACUUCGAUAACCAGACCAGCGUACGUAAGCACCUUAGGCGCAAACACCCCGACUACCAGAUGCCGGAGAUCAAAUUUGACCCGGCUGAACAUGCCAUUGGAGGCCUACCGCAGUGUGCUGCAUGCAAGCACCGUUUCCAGAGCUGGCAGGAGCUAAAGGUCCACAUAGAAAAAGGCCGAUGCCACGAACAGGACGUGGAUACCCGGGAGCCGAACACCGGCCCCACACAGGAUGAACAAAUCCAGAUGUUCGGCUACCUGCUGCCGGGGCUGAGCGAAUCCAACAAGCGGCCUCCAGCAACGCCGCAACAGCAGAGCACCAAGGGGGAGGAGUCCGGCAAAGCCGGAGGCAAAGCAACUGGCCUAACGAUCACGGAGGUGAUGCUGAACCUGACAGAGAUCGAGCCGCUCAUUCUGGAGUCCUUGGUGUUGCGUUUUCACGCGCCGCGAAAGCUCAAGCCAACACCGGAGACGGAGAACAAGGCGGUCUUCAAGUUGGAGGUCUCACUUCGAAGCACAGAAGCAGAUCAACUAUACCAGAGCCUCGCGAAGCUGGAGAACAAUGCAGUAUGGCAACUCAUAGGAUGCCAGCUCAGAAAGGACGGCAUGCGCCGAUCCAACCCAGUGCAGGAGCUGAUGAAGCUGCUCAGCCAGGGAGGUUCCACCUGCUGGGGUGGGGACAACCACAUGUGCAACACGAUGCUGGACUUCACAGGCCUUCAACCGGAUGCGUGCAUCCAGGACACGCGCGUGAUCGAGCAAGUCGGAGACAUCAUCAACAGCAUCCAGACCACUCUCGGGAGAACGCUCAAAGACAGAAGCUCAGUGUUGCAUGAAGUCGAUGUGGAACGCAUGAAGGCUCUCGAGUGGAUCGACUCGGAGGGUCGGUGGGUUUAUCGGAAAUGUUCUCCGACUCAGGAGGCUCUGUACCUCGAUCAGUCCAGGAAGCCGAUUCCUCAAACAGCAUUCAUCGAGCAGCUGGGUCAGGCCAUGACUUUGCUGGCACGUCCGGAAAACAUGCCGAGAUUUCAGUCGAGGGAACUGGCGCCGGAGAUGAAGGGCUACGCGGUGACUUUUCAUGUGGACAUUGGGCUCCGCUCGGAAGCGGAGCCCCUGUGGCAGAUUUUCACAACAUGGGUGGACCUCCAGGCCUGGGUGUUGGGGGCGGUGAGAAUUCGGCCCCAUCGGCUGAAGCGCCCGCCCGCCGCCGAUCGCCUAUCAGUCUGGCUUGGCAAUCACUGA